AUGUCGUUUGAAAUGAAUAAUUCAUGGCUUAAUUUAACUAAUCAAUCGAUUGCAAAUGAUAAUGAUGAUCGUUUCAAUUUUAAAUCUACUUCAGAAGAUUUCUUUAAUCGUGAAGGCGAACGAUUUAUGCGUGAAGAUCCAUUUUUACCCUUUUCAAAUUCUAUUCUUACUGAUAUAACACAAAAUCAAGAUCAAUCAUGGUCAAGUGAACAAAAUCCUGGUAGUCCUGGUUGUUCAACAACAACGUUUUUCAUGGCUAAAUCAUCAGCACCUGAUGAAAUGCUCAAUGCACUUCUUGCUGGAAAAACUGAUGGAAUGACAUUAAAAGAAAAUCAACAACCAACAUCUUUACGAAAUAUUGUUAAUGGAUGGAAUGAAUCAUCAUCAUCAUUAAUGAAUAAAAAAUCAACAAGUGGUCUCAAUCUACGUCAACAAAAAGGUUCACCAUUUAAUGAAAAUUGUAAUACUAUUGUUAAAAAAUCUAAGGCAAUAUUAACAACAUCACAGCCUAUUAAUAGCGAAGUGAGUCGUUCAUUAUUUGAUGUUAAACCACAAUCAACAUCGACAAGUGUUAAUUGUGAUAUGCUUGAUUUAA